AUGACUCAAUCUCUUAUCAACCGUUUACAAUUACCAGUUAAACAAUGCUUUGUGAAUAUCGGAGCAGUAGACAAUGCGAGCACUGUUUCGGAAAGAUACACUACAGCCACCUUCUAUUCCACAUAUAACAAUUCUAAACAUCAAUUAAACUUUUCGAUUGUACCUACAAUAGCGGAGAAAGUACCUAAUGAGACUUUCCCUCGGGAGAAAUUCAACAUCCCCAAGAAUAUCAAAUUAGCAGAUCCCCAAUUUCAUAUACCCAGACCGGUUGAUGUCUUAUUGGCGUCAGGUCCAACUAUAUCUUCUCUUGCCAUAGGACAAAUCAAGUUAAAUGGCGAAGGAUCCCAGAUCACCCUUCAAAAAACUUCCUUCGGCUGGAUUGGAGCCGGAGGAUCAAUUCCAUCAAUGAUUCCCAACUCCGUUUCGUGCAACGCGGUGAGGUUGGAUUCACUUCUCGAAAGAUUUAUGGCGAUGGAAGACGUGGAUUAUCAACCCAUCAAGUCCGAAGAAGACGUAGCGUGCGAAAGGUACUACAUUCAAACCACGACGCGCGACAGUUCAGGUCGCUAUAUCGUUCGUCUGCCGUUUCGAUCAGGCAAAUUCGACCUAGGUUCGUCUAAAUACCAAGCGUUACAGCGAUUUCAGGCGUUGCAGCGCAAAUUCGAUGCUAACCCUAGGUUUCGAGUAGAGUACGAGAAAGAAUUCAACGGGUACCUGGAACUUGGCCACAUGACGCUGUGCGAGGACGACAACAACGAUGGUUACUACUUGCCUCACCAUGCGGUGAUCAAGGAGUCUAGCGAAACGACAAAAUGUCGUGUCGUUUUCGAUGCUUCCACAAAAUCUUCCACCGGCAUUUCGUUGAACGAUACGCGUUGUUGA